AUGAAGACAGGACAAGCAGGUGGCGGAGUGUUUGAUUUAAAACAGAGUGACAGGGAGGUGAAGAGAAAGUCCCAGACGUGGAUUGAGAUCAUCCUGGUGACUCACUCCAUCCUGUUGUUCUUGCCAUGUGUCACAGCUUUGUUUCUGUCUAAGUCAGAGUGUAGGACGGGACAGACAGGAACUGAUCUCUUUCUUCAUAUACAGCCAGCACAUUUCCCGGCUGUGAGCGGGGCCUUCAUGGAUUCUCCGUACAAUGGCAACACGUCCUUGCAGACGUCCACCUCCAACCUCAACGCAGGCUACUCUCGACCUUCAGAAGCAGAGGAUGAUGGGAAAGUGUCCAGUGACACCAUCUGGCUGUGGAUCGCUGUGCUGGCAACUAUUGGCAACAUAGUGGUGGUGGCUGUGGUUUGUGCCUGUGCCUUCUGA